AUGGAGAAUCUGAGAGCAGAACUUCAAACUCACCCGAUCCCCAAAGCGACUCCUGGAAGUGUCAUCUUCCGUGUUCUGGCUGCCUCCGUCAGAGCCAAUACGUCGCGAAUCUAUCGAAACCCGCAAAGUGGACACGCCCUACCUCUGCCUUUUGUCCCAAGGCACACCGCUAUUUGCAGGGUGUCGGAUGCUUCUUCGGAUGUUACGAGCCUGAAAGCAGACCGGCUUAUCUUUUUUAACUCUUACAUUCAUGCACGUGAUGGAGAUGGACUUUACAUCUCAGCCAUGAUCGAGGGUUCCACUCCUGGAAGCUUCAUGUUGUCCCAUAUCGAUAUCAAACCAGGAGACAUUGUUCUCAUCGCCCCAGCGACCGGACGAAGCGGAUCUGCUGCGGUGCAUCCCGCCUUAGCAUUGGGUGCACAAGUUGUAGCCAUUGGCCACAAUUACAAUAUUUUGCCACAGCUUGCGACUAUCAACUCACAAAUCUCGACUACAUGUCGCCCGCCACUUCUGGGUCCUCGCUGUCUCGAUGCACUCAAAAGCGGUGCUCGUGUCAAUCUAGUUGGCGGUGCCCUCACUGAGGUCAACUUUAGCUAUCCUGAUAUCAUCAGCCGUGCGCUCACAGCUAGAGGGACUAUAAUGAGCACUGCGGAACAGACAAAACGACUCAUAAAAUUAGUGGAACUCAGUAUUUUGCCACCCGGGGAGCGAGCUGACAUGGGGCCGGUCGUAACGUUUGGCUUAGAAGCUUGGGAAGAGGCUUGGGAUGCCGCAGAUCAAAGAAGAGAACCCGGAGAAAUGCCCCUUAAUCCUCGGGCUAGAUUUAUUCAUGCACCACGAGAAUGUACUAGAGAGAAUCAUUGA